CCCCCGUCCCGCCCGCCCGUGGCCGGGCCAUGGCGGCGGCGGCCGCGCUGUGCCUGGGCCGGGCCCCGCGGCCGCCGCGGCCGCUCGUGGUGAUCCUGGGAGCCACCGGCACCGGGAAGUCGGCGCUGGCGCUGCAGCUCGGGCUGCGCCUCGGCGGGGAGAUCGUCAGCGCCGACUCCAUGCAGGUGUACAAGGGCUUGGACAUCAUCACCAACAAGGUUUCUCCUCAGGAGCAGCGUCUGUGCAGGCACCACAUGAUCAGCUUUGUGGAUCCCCUUGUCUCCAACUACACAGUGGUGGAUUUCAGGGACAAAGCCAUGGCUCUGAUUGAAGAUAUCUUUGCCCGAGACAAGAUCCCGAUUGUUGUGGGAGGAACCAACUACUACAUUGAGUCCCUGCUCUGGAAGGUCCUUAUCAACACCAAGGAGAAGACCAGCAGUGCCCCUGGGCCGGUCAGCGACAGGAAGGUGGAGCUGGAGCAGCUGGACAGCGCUGAGCUGCACCGCCGCCUGAGCCGGGUGGACCCCGAGAUGGCGGCCAAGCUGCACCCCCACGACAAGCGCAAAGUGGCCCGGAGCCUCCAAGUGUUUGAAGAGACAGGGAUCCCCCACAGUGAAAUCUUGCACCAGCAGCAGGAGGAGGAAGGUGGGGGGCCCUUAGGUGGGCCCCUGAAAUACCCACAUUCCUGCAUCUUGUGGCUCCAUGCAGACCAGGCAGCUCUGGAUGCCCGGCUGGAGAAGCGGGUGGAUGACAUGCUGGCUGCAGGGCUGCUGGAGGAGCUGCGGGACUUCCACCGCCGCUACAACCGCCAGAAGGUGGCCGAGAACCGGCAGGAUUACCAGCAUGGCAUCUUCCAGUCCAUUGGCUUCAAGGAGUUCCACGAGUACCUCGUCAGUGAAGGGAAUUGCUCACCUGAGACCAGUGCCCUGCUGCUGCAGAAAGGGAUCCAGGCCCUGAAGCAGGUGACCAAGAAAUACGCCCGGAGGCAGAACAAAUGGGUGCGAAACCGCUUCCUGAAACGUCCUGGGCCCAACGUGCCACCAGUGUAUGGCUUGGAGGUGUCUGAUCUCCAGCGGUGGGAGGAGGAUGUGCUGAAACCUGCUCUGGAGAUUGUGGAGAGCUUCAUCCAGGGACGGGAGCCCCCGGCAGAGCCCCUGAAGAUGGAGCACGAUGUGACCGAGAACAAGCGGAGCCAUCGCGUGUGUGAGCUCUGUGACAGACUCAUCAUCGGGGACAGGGAGUGGGCAGCUCACACAAGAUCCAAAUCCCACCUGCACCACCUGAAGAAGAGGAGGAAGCUGGAGGCAGCCAGCUGUGCCACAGGGACUGCCGGGGACAGUGGGGACACAGAGACCUCAGAUGAGGAUGGCAGCCUGCCUGUGCCAUAGGCCUGGAAACCAGCUGGCAAAGAGGAUCAGCUGUGCAUCCACCUGCAUGGCGAGGAAGCACCUUAGUCCUGGGCAGCCUUGAACCAACGAGCUGAGUCCUUUUUUUGGGGAUGAGGCAGGUGUGUGAUGGCAAAGGCCGUCGGCUGCGUUGGAUCCUCUUCACGUGGCCUCAUCCCGCCGUGUUCCCAAGCUUCCCCAGCCCUGCCUGGAAAGGGCUGGGCCCCAGGGCAAGGCUGCUGGGAGCGUCCUCCCAUGCAAAGUGUGAAUUCCUGCCAGAGAGGCAGCGUUAUCCUUGGAAUGGUUGAGCUGAUGCUGCUGGCAUGUGGACGUGUGGAUCCCAGAGACAAAAAUACCCCGACUCCUCCAGCUUGGCCAGGAGUGCAGCUCCAGAGCUAAGGGAGCUCUUGCUGCCUUUAUUGUGGAGAGGAUAUUUUUUUUUGUUCUUUUAUAUGGAAAUACAGUUGCAGGAUUAUUGUGGGUUCACCUCCCUGUUAACAGGUGCGGUUUCCUUGCUCUCUGAUUCCACCUGGCCCAGGUUCUCCGCUCUGGGCACAGGGCAGGAGGUCCAGGUCUGGUUCCUUCUUCCAGUAACCUUUUCCACAGCUUCUGAGGGAGCUGAGCAGAUGUUCCCAGCAUAGUGGGGGAAGGCUGAUCCCUGAGCACACAGCAGGUGCAGAAGGAGCUGGCACCUGUUAAACAGGAACUUGGAAAUGAUCUCAUCGAGUUUGCAACAGAUGAGUCUGUCCUAGUUAAGGCUGAAUUCCCGGGGGUUUUACACUGUGGUUUGGCAGUGGGAACCAGCCCUGCAUUUGAAUCUGAGCUGCUGAGCAGCAAAUUCCUGGUGUUCCAGGCAGUUGGUGUCCCAGCAUUGUUCCUGGAGGACGUGAGUGCCGUCUGUGCCUCUGUGCUCCCCGGCAUGCUGCUCUGGUGAAACCAGGACAGCCUUUUCCAGGGCAUUUGGGAUUCUCCUGGCAAAUGAAAUUGGGACAGUUCCUCCUGGGAGGAUUUUGGGUUGGUAGAGCGCAAGUUUUUCCUUCAGCUGCUUGUGCCAUGUGGCAAGAGCCACCUCCCAGGGCUCAUCCUGCGAGGGGAAGGGCUGCGUGGGUGGAUCUGCCAGCGCAGGCUCUGGAGAUUCCUGCUUUGGUGGGGAUUAGAUUAAACCUCCUUUUUGUGUUCCUCA